CGAAGAUGCCUCAAAAGGGAAAAAUAAUUGUCACCGGCCAAGGUGAGAAAUUGAGACAGAUACUUCAGAAAGAGCUGGAGAAGCAGAGAGGGACCCAAAGAAACAGCCUCUCCAAGGCUAACAGACGCCUUAACAAUUAUUCUCAAGAGCAUGAGAUACUACCUAACGAUAUGCUUAAGAACAAAGAAAUAGAUAAAAUACCUGAAAUCAUGAAAACAGAACACAUCGAGAUCAAAGAUGGUCCGACUAUGAAGUUUGGAAAUCUAGGAUUCGGGGAGAAAUACCCUAUGUCUCCAGUAUCUAAUAAAAAUGCCGUUUAUUCUAAACAACGGCAUCAAAUAAACGACAGCAGUGCUUAUACAAUCUCAAAGGCGGAAGAGCCUAUACCAGAUGCUGACUUUAUGUUCAACCUCAAAGUUCGAGUACCGAAAGUAAAGGUCUCAAGCUACUUCAAACAGAAAUACGAUAUUUAUAAUAGAAAGCACAUAAAGUCUAAUAAUUCUCAAUUUAUAUCAAACUCUUCGACUGAGAAAGCUAAUCAACUGGAAGGCAACUACGAUUUUCCCGAAUCUGUGCAUAUGAACAAAGAGCAUGAGAAAGUAACUUCUUCUCAUGACGGGCAGAUCUCAUCAAGAGUCACUCAGAACAUAGGAAAUUGAACUACAUCGCUUAAUAAUUACACGAAGUUAGUUAAGGGACAAAGUUUUCACCCGAUGAAAUACAUCUCGAAUGGUGGGAGGAACAAUUCUGUGAGCAAGCUGGUCUCAGCAAAUUCAUUCACUAAUUCUCACAUGACCCCUAAGAAGAACAUGACUUCUAAUAUCUCUUUAAGAAGCAUCAAUUCAGGCAAGAAGCAGGAUGUAGCACAAUUCAGGAUGUCCAAACUCUACGAAGGAAACCAGCAAAUCCAAAAAAUGAGACUAAAAAUAGUGAACAAAAUCAGAGAAAAAGCUCAAAUCCUUCGUGAAAAAACCAACGUAAAAUUCGAAACAGAUGUCAGGAAUUUUGACAAAAGUGCUGAAAAGGACAUACAGGGGAUCUUUAGGGAUACUAGGUAUAGGAAUAGGAAGGAACAGAGGCUAGGUGAGUGGAGGAAUAAGAAGUAUAAGAAUCAGUUUUAA